AUGGGCACGAGAUUCACGCACACCCCCGCUCCUAACGGAUACGAUGCACGAAUUUACGACACGACGCGAAGGAAGAGCAUCUCAGGAUAUUUCGAGCUACCGGUGGUCGACAAUACCCUGCCUCUAAUCCUGCCUCCCUUCUCUCGCGUUCAUAGCCGAUUAGUAACCAUGUCGGGCAAAACGUGGUUGAUAUGGUCCCCCAACUCUCGGAUUGACGCGUAUUAUCCGGGUAUCCGGGCUCCUGGGCACGAAGUCGUUAUGGAAGAAGAUAAGACGAAAAGACGUUUUGACGGUCACUUAGGACGAUUCGACCCCACGAAGUCCCCGCAGCAUUACGAUCCGCUGCAGCCUUGGUUGCCUUUUGUAAGACGGGAUCGAAUGGCUCUCGAUGAAGUCGAGAAUACGUCCCUAGCAAUCGCUUGGCUCGUCCCAACGGAACCGAGAGCUCAUCGAUCGAAACCUUAUAUCUCCCGAGACCAGGAGAUGCAGAACAUGAAGAAUCAGUUUGGUCGACGACCCCGAGCGCCUAGUCCCAAUCCAGGACUUCCUACUACUAAAGACGAAAGCCAGCCCAAGAAGAUGAAGAGUUCGGAUAUUGUAUUACCACAGACGAAGAACACGGUAGCCUCACGAGAGACUACGUCCCUCCCAUUAGCCAGUUCAAGCUCGCCGGUAUCCGUAGUGCAGACUAAAUUCGCUACUUUGGGAAAUCACUCUACCGAUUCACGCUUCCUAUGCUUCGAAGGAUUACCACCGGAUUGGGAAACUUGUCGUGUCUGGUUCUACAGCAUGGCAGUUUCGUCUCACUUUGUUUGGAUUAAUAGGAUGUUCCGGACAGUCGUGCAAGACGUUUCUCUUAUAUGGGUGGAUAUGAAGAGUAAUGACAAUGCAUGUCGGCUACAAGGUUACCUUACGCAUAGGACUAUGGCGGACGGUUCGCUGGUUGUCGGCCAUUUCAUGGCGGAGACUACCUUUAAUGGAGCGGCUCGAGACGCAACCCACUCAUGGACGCGACCGCCCUCUGUUGAGGCUCCUAACGUUGAUGACUCCAUGAACAGUCCUAGCUCAACCUUCAUCCCACUUGAAGCUCGGUUAACCUCGCCAGGCCCGUCUACUCCCGCUCCGGACGUAUCAUUACUUCAUCGAGCUGCCGUGACCUUGGAAGAACAGGUCGAACGUCCACAGCGUUCUCGAGGCGGACAGAGGCACCGGAAACAUAAAGCUAAACAACAGCAAAACUCAUAA